GCCUCCUUCACGCCCCUCCCCCCUCCUCCCCUCUGGUUGGAAAGUUUCUAGAAUCUCUUCCCAGCGGCCUUUGCGGUUCCAACAUGGCGGAGCUGACGGUGGAGGUUCGCGGCUCCAACGGGGCUUUCUACAAGGGAUUUAUCAAAGAUGUUCAUGAAGACUCCCUUACAGUUGUUUUUGAGAACAAUUGGCAGCCAGAACGCCAGGUUCCAUUCAAUGAAGUUAGAUUACCACCACCACCUGAUAUAAAAAAAGAAAUUAGUGAAGGAGAUGAAGUAGAGGUAUAUUCAAGAGCAAAUGAUCAAGAACCAUGUGGAUGGUGGUUGGCUAAAGUUCGAAUGAUGAAAGGAGAAUUUUAUGUCAUUGAAUAUGCUGCUUGUGAUGCCACUUACAAUGAAAUAGUCACAUUUGAACGACUUCGGCCUGUCAAUCAAAAUAAAACUGUCAAAAAAAAUACCUUCUUUAAAUGCACAGUGGAUGUUCCUGAGGAUUUGAGAGAGGCGUGUGCUAAUGAAAAUGCACAUAAAGAUUUUAAGAAAGCAGUAGGAGCAUGCAGAAUUUUUUACCAUCCAGAAACAACACAGCUAAUGAUACUGUCUGCCAGUGAAGCAACUGUGAAGAGAGUAAAUAUUUUGAGUGACAUGCAUUUGCGAAGUAUUCGUACAAAAUUGAUGCUUAUGUCCAGAAAUGAAGAGGCCACUAAGCAUUUAGAAUGCACAAAGCAACUUGCAGCGGCUUUUCAUGAGGAAUUUGUUGUGAGAGAAGAUUUGAUGGGCCUGGCGAUAGGAACACAUGGUAGUAAUAUACAGCAAGCUAGAAAGGUUCCUGGAGUUACAGCUAUUGAGCUAGAUGAAGAUACUGGAACAUUUAGAAUCUACGGAGAGAGUGCUGAUGCUGUAAAAAAGGCUAGAGGUUUCUUGGAAUUUGUGGAGGAUUUUAUUCAGGUUCCUAGGAAUCUUGUUGGAAAAGUAAUUGGGAAAAAUGGCAAAGUUAUUCAAGAAAUAGUAGACAAAUCUGGUGUGGUUCGGGUGAGAAUUGAAGGAGACAAUGAAAAUAAACUACCUAGAGAAGAUGGAAUGGUUCCAUUUGUAUUUGUUGGCACUAAAGAAAGCAUUGGAAAUGUGCAAGUGCUUUUAGAGUAUCAUAUUGCUUAUCUAAAGGAAGUAGAACAGCUAAGAAUGGAACGACUACAGAUUGAUGAACAGCUUCGACAGAUUGGUAUGGGUUUCAGACCUUCUUCCACCAGAGGGCCUGAAAAAGAGAAAGGAUAUGCCACUGAUGAAAGUACCGUCUCUUCUGUACAAGGUUCUAGGUCUUAUAGUGGAAGAGGCAGAGGUCGUCGGGGCCCUAAUUACACCUCCGGUUAUGGUACAAACUCUGAGCUGUCUAACCCAUCUGAAACUGAAUCUGAGCGUAAAGAUGAGCUGAGUGAUUGGUCACUGGCGGGAGAAGAUGACCGAGAGAGUCGGCAUCAGCGUGACAGCAGGAGACGCCCAGGAGGAAGAGGCAGAAGUGUUUCAGGGGGUCGAGGUCGUGGUGGACCACGUGGUGGCAAAUCUUCCAUCAGUUCUGUGCUCAAAGAUCCAGACAGCAAUCCAUACAGCUUACUUGAUAAUACAGAAUCAGAUCAGACUGCAGACACUGAUGCCAGCGAAUCUCAUCACAGUACUAACCGUCGUAGGCGGUCUCGUAGACGAAGGACUGAUGAAGAUGCUGUUCUGAUGGAUGGGAUGACUGAAUCCGAUACAGCUUCAGUUAAUGAAAAUGGGCUAGAUGAUAGUGAAAAAAAACCCCAGCGACGCAAUCGUAGCCGCAGGCGUCGUUUCAGGGGUCAGGCAGAAGAUAGACAGCCAGUCACAGUUGCAGAUUAUAUUUCUAGAGCUGAGUCUCAGAGCAGACAAAGAAACCUCCCAAGGGAAACUUUGGCUAAAAACAAGAAAGAAAUGGCAAAAGAUGUGAUUGAAGAGCAUGGUCCUUCAGAAAAGGCAAUAAAUGGCCCAACUAGUGCUUCUGGCGAUGAAAUUUCUAAGCUACAGCGUACUCCAGGAGAAGAAAAGAUUAAUACCUUAAAAGAAGAAAAUACUCAAGACGCAGCAGUCCUGAAUGGUGUUUCAUAAACUGAAGAAGUUCCUAGUUUACAGUUCUUUACAUUACAUUUUACAAUAGUGCUUGUACAAGCUUGCCAAAGAUAGAAUAUGGAUCGCCAGUCUUUCCAUCGCACUUUCAGUUCCUCCAUUUGGAAUUCAGAAAGGGGAGGGAUCCUGAAGAAAUCAUAUGUUAAACAUACUUUGACACCUACUGUGUUAUAUAUCAUCAGAUGUGCCUUGAGAAUAGUAUAUGUAACAUUAAAAAAAGUUGCUGGCUAUAGGAAAUGUUAUUUUGUUUUCAAAAUAUGGCAGAGAUGGGGGGGAGGUGGGUGGGGUGGGAUCCCUAACCUAAUAUUCUUUAUGAAAGCAUUAGCUGCUUUUGUUACAUUUUUAAUAAUAUGCAACCACUUCUUCACCUGAGGAAAACUAGAAUGAAAUGCAGUCUAAGAUAUUUUGCACUGAAUUGUAAUUUCUUCAUUAGUUUUAGUCUGGAAACUGGUCUGUUUUAAUGUGUUUUUAAAAUGCUGUAUUGUAGAGGAAAAUCUGCAGACCACUGGAAUACAUUUGUUAAACACUCAUCUGCAGGGACACUGGGUGUUAUUGGCAGUGACUGUUCUACAUUGAGGCUUUGUUUGGUUUAUUUAUUAAAGUGUACAGUAUUUAAAAAAUCAAACAUAGCUUUAGUUAAAACACUAAGCUGAAUUAGUCAUGUCCAUUCAGACAUAACCUGAACUACUGAAAAGAUCAAUUUCCAGAAGGUUUAUUCUGUAUAAACUACAUGUUAGCCUUCAGUAGAGUAUCUUUUCUUUUUCCUCCCUUUUUUUUCCUUUUUUUUUUUUUCUUUUUGGUUUUGAUUGUUUGAUGUGCAAUAUGUUUUUGUAUGCAGGUAGUAAAUAAACUUUUGAUCUUCCA